CCUUUAUGUUGGCCACAGUAUUGACACUUAAACGUGUUUAAACGACCUUAACCGUAGCUACACUAUGACAAGUGCCAUUUAAGCUAGCUCGGAGGCAUACGGUUCUCCCCCUCCCCUCUCCGUCUCUCUUACCCGCUCCCCAUCAUAUUUUCCUCCGUAUUCUUUUCCCUGAGUCAUUGUGUUUCUCCGGCGGUCUCCUGUGAGUGUUUCUCCGGCUCUCUGUCUCCUAUCAGGUCCCUCUGAUGAAAACACUCGACGACAUUUGACAUGACUGAAGUGGCUUCUAGCUGCCCUGAGAUGACAGCGCUGGCCCCUCCUCCUGCACCGCUGACCACCAGCAGGAAUGCAUCUCCUGCUCGGUCCCCAUCCAGUCACAGCCCUACAGAGGGGUCCGAGGGGCUGCCGGAUAAGAGCCGGCGUGCUCAGCAGCAGCUGGAGCGCAGCACCGAGGAGCGAGGGAGGAAGAUGGAGGUGCAGAAGAGGAAGGAGCAGCAGCGCCGGACCGCAGCCGGGGAGAAGAGACGGCAGCAGCAAGAGGCAGAGAAGGAGAGGCUGGAGGCCCUGGUGCGCCGGAGAGCUGGAGGCUCAGAGAGACGAGGAGGAGGAGGAGCAGGAGGAGGAGGAGGAGGAGGAGGGGGGGACCAACUGGAUAACAGGCCUAAACGCUGGACGUGGGGAGGACCCCCUGAUGGAGUGGAUGGUAACCCUAAGACCCCGCCCUGCAAUGCCAUUGGCUCCACUCAGCCCAAUGAGCUUCCUGCUGCAUCCAACGCCAACCAAUCCCGUAACGGGAUGGAUCAGAUCAUCAACAAACAGCUCUCCAACUCUUCAGCUGCCCUCCAUUCACCAGAGAGAGUGUCUUUUGUGUCUCAUCGACUAGCUUCCCCAAACAACCACAGACCGCACAGAAGUUCCUCCAACCGCAGGAGCAUCGCUGGACUGCCUGAAGAGACCAAAGCCAAAACACCCACGGGGGAUAAUUCAAACAUUCCCAACCGCAGUUCUUCUUUCAGGGCCAACAGCAAGGGCCCCGCUACACCGAAACGGGUGAGGUCCAACAGGAGUCGCGCCCAGUCUCCCUGCUCCCCCGGCCAGUACCCCCCCUCCCCGCUCCGGCAGAGGGCCACCACCCCCGGCACCGAUGACAGGGGUCACAUUGAGGGGAAGGGUCACACCACCCUGGAGAGGAAAUCGAACAAAUCUGAAACUUCUGAGAAAAGGAUCCCUAAAUCCACCAGCAAAGAACUGAACGCAGAGUCUCCGAGCACGCCCACGGGGCGGAGCGUUGGAGGGACGACAGACGCUGAGGAGGCGUCCCGGCUGCUGGCAGAGAGACGCCGUCUGGCCCGGAUACAGAAGGAGCAGGAGGAGAAGCAGCGGCAGGAGGAUGAGAGACUGAGGGCGGAGGAGGAGCAGAGGAGGCAGCAGGAGGAGAGAGAGAGGCAGGAGCGAGCUGCAGUGCAGGCGGAGGAGGACAGAGUGAAGCGGGAGGAGGAGAAGAGGAACAGGGAGGAUGAGGAGAGACGGCAGAAGGAGCAGAGAUGGAAGGACAUGCAGGAUCAGCUGGACAAAGAGAGGGAGGAGGCCUGCCUGCGAGCACAGAAGGAGGCAGAGAGGAAGAGGCAGGAGAGAGAGCUGCUGCACCUGCAGGAGGAGCAGGAGAGGCUGCAGAGGAAGAAGAGAAUUGAGGAGAUCAUGAAGAGGACGAGGAAGAGUGAAGUGGAGCCUCUGUCUGGUGCUGCAGUGACUGACCUGAGGCCCGAGGCUGGGGUCCCCUCAGAGGAGGACGCCCCAACUCCAGCUGAGGCCCCCCUUAUCAUGCUGGGACCCCUGGAGAACAAGAGCUUUGUGGAUGAGCUGUCUGAUGGAGUCCAGUCCAUGGACGUCAGUUCUCCAUCUGUCUCCAUCAGUCCGGUGUCUAGGGACGAGCAGCCGAGCGUUCAUGAGUUCUCCCCGCUCACAGAGGGGGGGGGACCGAUGAUGGACCUGGAGGCUCACGGCCGAGCCCAGCGGCAGGGAGCGGAGACAGCCCCCUACCCUAAACUGCAGCCGGGCAGCGGGGUGGGGGACCUGAACAAGAACCUGCUGAUCCAGGCGUACAGCGCCUCCUCCGAGUCCUCGCAGCUCAUCCACAGCCUCGGCCCCAGCAAGCUGGACGUCCAGUAG